AAAAUAAAAUAAAAUAAAAAAAAUCUCUCUAUCUUCUUCUCCUCUCAUCCUCCUCUCUCAAGCACCUCCUCCAAUGGCGAGAGUUCUAGUCUCGUCUCCGUCUUCGUUCUUCGGUUCGCCGUUGAUUAAGCCUUCAUCGUCCUUUCGUUACGGUGGAAGCAACGCCGGAGGAGGAAGCGUUCAAUUCCUACCAUACCGGAGUAAUAAGCUUUUCAGUACUUCUACCACCGUACGGUUCAGCUUAAACGAGAUUCCUCCUUUCCAUGGAUUGGAUUCUUCGAUUGACAUCGGAGCGAUGUUAACCAGAGCUGAGUCUCUUCUCUACACAAUUGCCGACGCCGCCGUUGUUGGUGCUGAUUCCGUCGUAUCUACUGAUUCCCCCGCCGUGCAGAAGAGUGGUGGUUGGUUUGGUUUUAUCUCCGAUGGUAUGGAGUUGGUGCUUAAGAUUUUGAAGGAUGGACUCUCUGCAGUUCAUGUUCCUUACGCUUAUGGAUUUGCGAUUAUCUUGCUUACGCUUAUCGUCAAAGCAGCAACGUAUCCAUUGACUAAGCAACAGGUUGAAUCAACACUAGCGAUGCAAAAUCUUCAACCUAAGAUUAAAGCGAUUCAACAACGUUACGCAGGCAAUCAGGAGAGAAUACAACUAGAGACAUCACGCUUGUAUAAACAAGCUGGUGUUAAUCCAUUGGCAGGUUGCUUACCAACUUUAGCCACCAUACCAGUUUGGAUUGGUUUAUACCAAGCUCUCUCCAACGUGGCUAACGAGGGGCUUUUUACAGAAGGUUUCUUUUGGAUUCCCUCUCUGGGUGGACCAACAAGUAUAGCUGCUAGGCAAAGUGGAUCCGGCAUAUCAUGGCUUUUCCCGUUUGUGGACGGGCAUCCGCCAUUGGGAUGGUACGACACUGCAGCUUAUCUUGUUCUUCCUGUUCUCCUUAUUGCUUCCCAGUAUGUAUCAAUGGAGAUUAUGAAGCCUCCUCAAACAGAUGAUCCUGCCCAGAAGAACACCCUUCUUGUUUUCAAGUUUCUUCCACUCAUGAUCGGAUACUUUGCAUUGUCUGUCCCAUCAGGAUUAUCUAUCUACUGGUUCACAAAUAAUGUACUUAGCACCGCCCAACAAGUAUAUCUGCGUAAACUAGGUGGUGCAAAAGCCAAUAUGGAUGAAAACGCAAGCAAAAUAAUAAGUGCCGGACGAGCAAAGAGAUCUAUUGCUCAGCCUGACGAUGCUGGUGAAAGAUUUAGACAACUAAAAGAGCAAGAGAAGCGCAGCAAGAAGAACAAGGCACUCGCGAAAGAUACAGUUGUAUUGGUAGAAUCUCAAUCUGAAUCAGAAGAAGGAUCAGAUGAUGAGGAAGAAGAGGCUCGUGAAGGAGCAUUAGCUUCAAGCACAACAGGCAAGCCGCUUCCUGACGUUGGCCAACGAAGAAGCAAAAGAUCGAAAAGAAAACGCACUGUAUAGAACCAAAAACAAACAAAAUUGCAAGUAAAGGAAGACGAAAGAGAGAGAGAGAGAGAGAUUUGAAUCUUGUCAUUUAGUCUGAUCUUUUGCACACACAAAAGUCCGGCAGUAUGUAAAAUUAGGGCACAAAAAAAGGUCAUUCAAAGUUGCAUAUGCAGUAGUUGAUGAUCAAAGUAAAUUGAUUUGUAUUUCUGUGAUUCUCUUGUUUACCAAAUGUAUUAACGUAAAUGUGUGUACUAUUAUGACAUUUCAACAUGUCCACUUCAAAUUUUGUUAGCAA